UGAUCCACACUUGAUUUUCAAUAAUAAAUGAAAUACAUAAUUUCUGUGCAAUUAAAGUACUUCUAACACAAAAAUAUUCACAACAAUCCAAAAAAAAAGGAAGAGAUAAAUAGUACAAAAGCAAAUAAAUUGUUCAAAAAUUUUUUUUGUAAACAAUAUGGCCUGCCUGACUACUUCCGGUCGCCUAGCGUGCGGUUCACGUCGCCAACAGACGCACAAGUUCCUUUGCCAACUAUUCGCUGUUAGAUGUCAGUCAUUAUCAACCUCAACGUCAGUGUCAUCGUCAUCAUCAUUAGCAUCCUCAGCGUAUCCUCUUCAGCGCCAGCGCCAGCAGCAGCAGCAACAACAAUUGAGGCGUGGUUUUCAUGGAUUAAGUUUCAGCAUUGGCCAGGAUUAUCUCGAUUUGCUGCAAAAUCCACACAGUUGCAGCCAUCAUCUGAAGUACUCACAAUGCUCCAAGACUAACCUACGUCAACAUAGUUCAGUCCAUACCCAACAACCCGCUGGACCUGUGCGAGAAAUACAAAUCGAUCCAUAUAUUAUACUCGAUGAUGAACUUAAAUAUUUCUAUGACGAUGUGAGAGAUCUGUUGCAGUCGGGAACAUCACAGCCAGAAUUGGAUACCAUUGCUAGCUAUUAUUUUGAUGGACAGGGCAAGGCGCUGCGUCCGAUGGUCACCAUGUUGAUGGCCAAGGCAAUAAACUAUCAUCUAAACAACGAGUCACACCAAUUAGUACACAAACAACGACAAAUAGCUCUCUUCUCCGAGAUGGUACACUCGGCCAGUUUAGUGCACGACGAUGUCAUCGAUCAAUCGGAUUUCCGACGCGGCAAGCCUAGUGUGAAUGCGCUAUGGAAUCAUAAAAAGGUCACAAUGGCUGGUGAUUAUAUAUUAUCGAUUGCCUCGAUUAUGAUAGCUCGCCUGAGGAGCGAUGAUGUGACAAUUGUUUUGAGUAAGAUUUUAACCGAUUUGGUUCAAGGCGAAUUCAUGCAGCUCGGCUCAAGGGAAACUGAGAACGAGCGUUUUGCGCAUUAUUUGACCAAGACAUACAGGAAGACCGCUUCGCUGAUUGCCAAUGCAUUGAAAGCGACUGCUGUCAUUGCCCAGGCCGAUGAUAAUGUGGCCGAAUUGGCUUUCCAAUAUGGUCGGAAUAUUGGCUUGGCCUUCCAACUGGUGGACGAUAUGUUGGACUUUGUCUCAUCUACAGAGCAAAUGGGAAAACCGACUGCAGCGGAUUUGAAACUGGGCCUGGCCACAGCUCCAGUGCUCUUUGCAUGCGAAAAGUACCCCGAGCUGAAUCCCAUGGUUAUGCGUCGCUUCAGUGAACCUGGCGAUGUGGAACGUGCCUUUGAGUUGGUCCACAAGUCUCAUGGACUCGAACAGACGCGCUUUUUGGCCAAAAAGCACUGCAACGAGGCGAUACGACUGGCCCAGGAGCUGACAGAGUCACCUUAUCAGAAGGGACUGCAGGUGGUAGCAGAUUUAGUCAUCAAUCGCAUGAAAUAAACAUCAAUGUACAUACAUAUAUAGAUGCAUAUGUAUAUAUAUAAAUGAAUAUACAUAUAAAAUAAUACUAAUAAUAUGUCUAGGUUAAGAAGCAGGCAACAUUUUUUUGUGUGUUUAUGUUAAGUCAGCAAACGAGCAAACAAUCAAGCAGAAAAAAAAAACUGAGAAAGAGAAAUGAAGAAGAGAAAAACG